GAGCAAACACACUCACUCCAGCUCUGUAUGAGAGAGGAGGGUUAUGUGUGAGCUCAUGUGAGUGUAUGAACAGGGGAUGAUAAACCCUCUGGAAAAGGACGGCUGAUUAGUGAGAAUAGCUCAAAAAUGGAACCACGGCAAGAUGGCAAGAAAAGGACAUGAACCAUUGCUCUCCCUGCUUUGGAUUUUAUAGAAAAACAGAGAUUUUGGAGGGCUGAGAAGACAUCUUUUUUUUCUGUCACCAAGUUUAAAUAGAGAAGGGAACUAGAGACCAUCUGAGGAUCAGAAUUUGCCCUCUGGAGCUCAAAUUCCUCACUGGGUUUUUACAAACGUGGGAAGAAAGGUUAAGGAAAUGCAGGCAAAGGAAUGAAGAAACAAAGAUGUUCUGUUUUAUCUGAGCGGCUGAGACUCUUUUGGUGGAACCUCAGCUCUCUGCUCCACUACUAAAGAUCAGCAAGGUUACUUCCCGAGGGUGGCUGCGCUCACUGAACUACAGCCAUGCUGUGUGGUCUGAGGAGAGACACCAAGAACAGCAUCGAUGAAGGACCAUACUCAAAGGGGAGCAAGGAGUCCGGGGCCAAUGACCAAUCACAUUCGUCCUGCAGGCGCAGCUUCUCAGCAGAGGAGUACCGAGGAGUGACCACGGUGGACCUGAUGAAAAGGGAAGGCAGCAGCCUUGGCCUCACCAUCUCCGGAGGCUCCGAUAAAGACGGCAAGCCCAGAGUGUCAAACCUACGGCCAGGUGGGCUAGCUGCCAGGAGUGACCAGCUGAAUGUGGGAGACUACAUCAAGUCAGUGAAUGGCAUCAACCUGUCAAAGCUUCGCCACGAUGAGAUCAUCAGCCUGCUGAAGAACAUCGGGGAGCGAGUCGUGCUGGAGGUGGAGUACGAGCUGCCUCCGUUCGUCCAGAACCCCUCAGGAGUCGUAACCAAAACCAUGGAGGUGUGUUUACACAAGGAGGGAAACAGCUUCGGGUUUGUCAUGAGAGGAGGCUUCCACGAGGACUGGCGCAGGUCUCGUCCUCUGGUGGUCACGUACGUGAGACCCGGAGGUCCUGCUGACAGAGAGGGCACUUUGAAAGCUGGAGACCGAGUGUUGAGCGUGGACGGUAUGCCUUUGAACAGAGAGAAGCACGCCGACGCUUUGACCAUGCUGAUGCAGAGCGGCCAGGAAGCUCUGUUCCUGAUUGAGUAUGACGUCUCUGUCAUGGAGGCAGUGCAGCAAGCCUCGGGCCCUCUGCUGGUGGAGAUAGUGAAAGGUCCCUCCGCCAGCCUUGGGAUCAGCCUCACCACAACAAUAUACCGGAACAAACAAGUUGUUAUUAUUGACAAGAUAAAGCCAGCCAGCGUGGUGGAAAGGUGUGGAGCGCUGCAUGCAGGUGACAUCCUUCUGUCUAUAGACGGGACCAGCACAGAGCACUGCUCUCUGAUGGAGGCCACGCAGCUGCUCGCCAGCACUUCUGAUAUCGUGAAACUGGAGAUUCUCCCGGCCAGUCAGAGCAGACUCCCUGUCAGACCACAAGACACAGUAAAAGUGCAGAAGAGCAACCAUCAUCACUGGGACCAAAGCAGCAACUACUGCCAUCCCCCACAUGCCAGCCACGGCAAGACAUGGAGCAGCCCGAGCCACCCACACAACCAGCAGGACCACUGCAAAUCUCUGGUGAGCGGUGGCUUCUCCCCUUCCUCCACAGCCACCUCAGGCUUCAGCAGCCAGGGGAGCAACACACUGCCCUGCCCCGUCCCUCCGGUCGCUCCCACAAGCCCUCGCAGUUCCACGGGCAAGAGGAGGAACAGGAAGAAGGACCACAAGAGCUCACUAUCUCUGGCGUCCAGUUCUGUCGGCCCAGGGGGGCAGGUUUUUCAUGUGGAAACGAGCGAGGUCUUCCUGAGGGGGGAUCCGCUCACAGGUUUUGGGAUCCAGCUGCAGGGGGGUGUCUUUGCCACAGAAACCCUGUCUGCUCCCCCAGUCAUCCGCUUUAUUGAGCCCGACAGCCCAGCUGAGAGGUGUGGGCUGCUGCAGGUCGGGGACAGACUUUUGUCCAUUAACGGGAUCCCGACUGAAGAUGGCACUCUGGAGGAAGCCCAUCAGCUGCUCAGAGACUCAGCCCUGGCCAAUAAGGUCACAGUGGAUAUUGAGUUUGAUGUCGCAGAGUCAGUGGUUCCCAGCAGUGGCACCUUCCACGUUAAAUUACCCAAGAGGAGAGGAGUGGAGCUGGGCAUCACCAUCAGUGCAAGUAAGAAACCUGGCAAGCCCCUCAUCAUCUCUGACAUCAGAAAAGGAAGCAUAGCCCACAGAACAGGCACUCUGGAGCCCGGAGACCGGCUGCUGGCCAUCGACAGCGUGCGUCUGGAGAACUGCACCAUGGAGGACGCCAUGCACGUCCUGCAUCAGGCCGAGGACAUGGUCAAACUCAGAAUCCAGAAAGACGAGGACAACAUUGAUGAGUUGGAGAUGUCAGGCUCUAUUAUCUACACCGUCGAACUGAAGAGGUAUAACGGACCACUGGGCAUCACCAUCUCUGGCACAGAGGAGCCCUUUGACCCCAUCGUCAUUUCUGGCCUCACAAAGAAAGGCCUGGCAGAGAGGACCGGGGCUAUUCAUAUAGGGGACCGAGUCCUGGCCAUCAACGGGGUCAGUCUGAAAGGAAAGCCACUGAGCGAGGCCAUCCAUCUCCUGCAGAUGGCCGGGGAGUCCGUCACCCUUAAGAUUAAAAAAAAAGCCGACCAGUCUGAUGGCCGGCGGCCUACGGACAGAGAAGCUGGGUUUUUAAGUGACACAGAGGACGACCUGACAGACUCCCAGAAGACCAGUAAACACUCAGAGGUCUACUCCGCCACUCUGCCCAGUAUAGACUCUGCAAUGAGCUCCUGGGAUAGCUCAGGGUUUGACGCAGGCUACGGCAGCCAAGGGACGUAUCUUCACAAAGCAUCCGACAUAUUGCUCAACCCAAAUGAGUGGCGACGCACAAAGCACAGGAGCCAAACCAGUUCCAGCUCUGCAGGCCUAGUCCACCACGCAGCGCUGUAUGAUGGGAGAUUCACUGAGGACGAGUGGGACAAGAUACCUGGAUUCAUCAGCCCCCCUCGUUGCCAUGGCACCCUGAACCAGGAUGACAGCUUCUGGUCCCAGGCUCUGCAGGACCUCGAGACCUGCGGCCAGUCAGGGAUUCUCAGGGAGCUGGAGGCAUCCAUGACAGGUAGCGCUCUCAGUCUGUACCUAGAGGAAACCAAGACCAACGACGACUCGAUGUUUCAGUCUGAAAUUAGUCCCAUUAAGCGGGAGGGAAUGCACGGCGAGUUUAAGAGCAAAAGCAACCUGGACAUGUCGACUGGAGCCAGAGACCUACCAUCCCGGGGCGGAGGGGACCCCUCUGAUAUUUUAUCCCCCACACCUCUGGCUCUGCACAAGGUGUCUAUGAGGAAGGACCUUGAGAGCCACGACUUUGGUUUCAGUGUAUCCGAUGGCCUCCUGGAGAAAGGGGUUUAUGUCAACAUGAUCCGCCCCGAUGGCCCCGCUGACCAGGCAGGGUUAAAACCUUUCGACCGCAUUCUUCAGGUGAACCGUGUCCGGACCAGGGACUUGGACUGUUGUCUAACUGUGCCCCUAAUUAUAGAGGCAGGAGACGGCCUGGACUUGGUCAUUAGCAGGAAUCCGCUGGCAGCAGCAGACACCGGGCUGCCCGACGACUGUGACGAACCCUCAAACUCACUGUUCUGCUUCCAGGAGCACAGGACCAACAGCAUCGCCCUGUGACCACAAAGAUAAGACGCUAGCUGUUUUGAAACAGCGGGACCACACUCACACACACACAAAAGGUCAUGCACGGUUUGUCACAAGGUACUUCUCAGACGGACCUCCUCACUCACACAGAGCAUCUUCACAGAAAACAGCCACUCACAAAGUGCAUGUGUUCACUGCUGCCAGUUUUAGUCACCGUGUUCACAUGAUGCAGUUCACAGGCGGCUCUGGCUUCAGGGCAGCCCCUCGCCCCACCCCCCCUUUCCUCUCCGGAGGCAAAGCCACAUGCAGGGUUAUAUAACAAGGGGAGUCAUAGCUUCUGACUGAGCCAGGAUGUCAACACACACGCCUCAGCUCUGGAGACACACAUGCACUGCAUAAAUUUACUAUAUUUUGCUUUAAUGAGCUUCCAUCGAAAAGAACAUCUUUACUUUUAUUGCACACACAUGCAAUUCUUUACAUGUAUAUAAAACACACACACGCACGCAGGGUUUUAGUGGACUCAAGGUCCAAGGCACAUUGGGCUUAUUUAAGUUAUUUCAGCCACAACUUGGCUCACUGCCCUCGUUUCCAGUCUCUCCCCCACAGUGCCCGCCCUACAGAAGGGACAGUGCCUCCAAAUAGACAGAAUGCUUUCCGCUACUUUUCCAAGUAUCAUUAGCUGUAUUUUAAAGCCCCUUACAUGUUGAUACCAGGAAUGCUUGUGAAGACACUCUACCCUUUCUGUUUUAACGUGGGCGUCCUUUGACUGAAAGGUUCUGAAUGCUUCCAGAGAGACUCCACCGUUGUUGAGAGAUAUAAUGUUUUUUGUUUUUUUAAUGUUCCUGUCUGAUGACUCAGCCACAGAGAUAUUGUUUCACAUUCUGCACACGUUUCUUUCCAACACAGCAUUUGCACAUUUCACGUUCUAUUAGUUCAAAACUCCCUUUCACUUUAUUUCACGUUUCACUGUGUGAAUCUCUGCAUGUGCCAUUACACCAGAAUGACUUAUGGGUUGUGGUCCAUCACUGAUUGCUUCCUUAAGCGAACUACAUCCUUUCCCCAAGCAGGAGGAUGAAAUGCCUUUCAAUUUUCAGUUUUGAAUGAUUUUCUUGUUUUCACUCCACAUCUGACUGGAUUGAUGUUCCUCUCUGCAGUAGCUGUUUUUUCCUACCGAUGUCUAUGAGCAUGUUAAGCAUGCAUAAGGUUCGUCCUCAGAAAGAAAGUAGCUCUCCCGUUAUAACGAAACAGUACUUGGGUAAUCUCUGUUUACUCCAACAGGAUCUUUGUGAGAGUGCCCUCCCCCCUUUUUUAUCACAACGUUGUGUUUUUAUAAAGCUAUUGUGUAACAAAUCUGGCCUGCUGAUCCAGCUGGAAAUAAGAAACAUGUUACGUUUCAUGUGUUGGCUGAUGUGAAGAUGUUGUGAGAUAGUUGCCCCGUUUAGCGCAAACUGAUUAAUCCAUGGUGCGGCAUUUUUUUUUUCAAUCCGAUUUCCGACUCAUGUCUUAUAUUAAAUGUCCUAUUUUUAAGGUUUUGUAUUAAUUUAAUGUAUUGUAUUUUUAUUUAAUGUAUCAUGGGUUUGCAGUGCUUUAUUUUUAUUUACAGUACAUGCACAUACAGUAUAGUAUCUUCAUGUAAACUGUGAUACUGAAUGUGGCUGCACGUUGUUUGGUUGAUUUCCACAUCCUCCCUGAGUACGUCAGGAAUCGUUUCAAAGGGACUUGAAAGAUUUAUUGGAUAUGAUUUUAUUUUUGUUAUUUAAUUUAUUAUAAACUAAGAAAUGUAUUUCUUUUUAUGAGAAUAAAGUUCAUGAAACCAUAGUUGGUUGGUUUCUCAA